CUACCUACAAUAAAAGCUACAAGUGAUAUGACUUGAUUGAUUGUAGUUUUAUUGGCAAUUUACUGAGUCCAAUAAUUAAUUUCUAACAAUACUUCCUCCAUUUAAUUUACUUACAAUGUUAUCGCUAACGUGCUACUUACUGGGGGGUCACUCCUAAUAAAAAAUUUUAAUAAAUCAACUAUAUAAGUCGGACUAGUUUUAAUGGUUUCAAUAGUUCACCUAGCGAUUGAACGUCAGUCUGUAUGUAUAAUUCGAGAAAGAUGCAGAAAGCUCGAUACGUUGAUUUAUUCAUUUUAACAUUAGCGUUUUUAUUAAGUAACUGGUUUGUCAUGAACAUUAAUGCAUAUCCAAAGGAGCUUAUCAAUUCUUUGACAAAAUCACCACCAAUAUCACCGAGACUAAUGAACACAAAAACGACCGAUAAUAUCCCGGCACACUAUGGGAUUAGCUACAAACUUGAUAAAUGGUCUCAAUACGAAAAUCCCGAAGAUGGCACACUUGAAGAAGGAGAUAUACUUCCGUUGAAAUGGACAGGAAGAAGACAAGUUCUUAGGGAACAACUUAGACUGUGGCCUAAUGGUUUCAUACGUUACUACGUUAAUUCGAUUAUAACUGAUGAACCAAAGAAAUUGAAAGUACUAGAGGAUGCAUUAAAAGAAAUAACGACGAAGACAAAACAAUGUAUUACAUUCGAGCGCAUUAACGAUUACGAGAAGCUCCCAGAAAAAAAUUGGGUCAAUAUAACUGGUCAUCAAAGGGGAUGUUUUUCCAAUGUAGGACGUAAUCCGAAUGGACCUAAUGUUCUGAAUCUAAGCGUGAUGGACGGAUGCUUUUUUUAUAUUGGACACGCGAUACACGAAAUGUUACACACCUUAGGUAUAAAACAUGAGCACUCGAGACCAGAUCGAGACGGCUACAUCACUGUAAUAUACGAGAAUAUAAUACAGGGAAAGAAACACUAUUUUGAUCGAUUGAAUGACACUUACGUAACCACUUUUGGUACUCCGUACGACUAUGAGAGCGUAAUGCACUAUGCUAUGACGGCGUAUACUAAAUAUCCUAAAAUUUAUCCUACGAUAAUACCUAAGAUAGAUGUAGAGAUUGGUCAAAGACAAUUCCUGUCACUUAAGGACGCAAGAAAAUUACAAAUUGCUUAUAAUUGCGCCACCUAGAGGUUCAGCGUACUAUACAUCGAAAAUUAUUAAGAGAUCUAACUUGAAGCUCGAGAUAUUUUCUGAAAGAGAUAACGGUAAAAUAUUGUAGUACUGGAACAAAAUAACGCAGUCAAUGAAACAGAAGUGAAAGUACAAAUGCCAGCUAUCAUUAUAUGUUUAAUACUAAAGUUUAAUACUAAACAAAUUGAAUAAUAAAAAUGCUAAUUUAAAAAUACUAAUGGAUAGAUUAAGUAGCAUUAUUAAGAUCUAUGUAUUCUAUUGAUUGUGAGUCAAAUUAUUACAUGUGCCCC